CGGAAAUGGCUAAUGGGGCGCUUUGUGCAAAAUAGAAAGUUCAAGUUGUUAUUGUGUUUUUGAAGACAAAGUAACAUUCUGCAAGAUGGAAUUGGUUUAUAAUGUUGAUUUUCGAAGCAUUCCACGUUCCAGGGAUUGGAAUAUAGAAGAACAGAGUCAUUCGUGUCUUUCCUGCCGAAAUAUCUUUGCAUUUAGUCGACCAACUGUCCAAAAUAUUAACAACCGUGAUUGUUACCUGUAUGAAAUCCAGUAUAAAGUAUGUGUAUUAGAUCUAGAUAAACCAUGGGAUGUAUAUACUGUUACUACUGGUAAUAUACCUAUAUCUUAUAUACUCUGGGAUACUUCUGGUUCUAAACUCCUUGUCAUCAAUACCCAGGGUAUGUUUCAAGUAUGGACAAUGCCGGAUCAUGUACUUAGUCAAUGGAAAUUGUUUGGUUCAACUUGUUUAAAAGGAGAAGAAAUAAUUAAAGUGGCAUGGUUACAUAAUGGCAUACAGGUAAUGUUUAAUCCAGAUAAGAAAGAUGCUGUUAUGUAUAAUGAAAAGUUUUUAAGGAAUCGUAUAACUCCUAGUGUUAGUAAUUUUGGACGGAAACCAAUGGAUGGAUGGAUAGCUGUAUCAAGUAGUGGUUUAGUUAGUGUUGGCUUAUUGCAAGAUCAAGACCCCCAUAUUAUAACUAGUAAAACUAGUCUAGCUUCUGGUCAUAUACGCUUAACUCAAGUUGAUAUAGCCUUUAAUACCACUGGUGAAGUGGUACUUGUUGUUACUGAUGGCAGUAUAUCUACUACUGUACUGUGUUUCUACAUCAACAUCACCAUACAACAUAUAACAUGUACAGUAACAUCAAAACCCGGACCAGGUCUCUUCAUGAAAUCACAAAUGGAAUACAGCAAUAAGGAUACUCAACUGGUUCAAAUAACACAUCUUAAUUUCAUGAAUAGGGACAGUGCCGAUACCUUAUUAGUCUGUGCUGGUAGUCAUGGAUACAGUUGUGUGGAGGUUUGGCAAUUAGUGGAACAAAUGAUGCCUUUAAGUAGAAUAUUCCAGAAUGCAAAACCCGAUUAUUCUUACAAAACUCCAAAAUGGAUGCAUAAAGCAACUUUUACCUCAAAUUCCAUGCUUACAAGUAUUGCCACACCCAUUUUAUAUAUGGGAAAGAACUAUAUUGAUGCCCCUGGCUUCAUGUCGUAUUUUGCUUGUACUUACAAAGAUGGAAAUAUCAAAAUAAUUCACAGACAUACGAUCCAACCUAUUCAUUCGUGUACCUUGGAAUCUCUGGGAGUGUCUGGACCACAGAAAUUGGAUAAAAAAAUUAGAAGUAUAAGCCAUGUGAAUUCGUUAAUUCAAACAGGAUCUGGGUGUGGUUUAAUUGGUGUUAAUGGUAAUAAAAUGGUGUUGAUCCGUGUAUUUAAUAUGAGAGAAGGACCUAUACAGUUAUCUGCACCUAUUGUUAUACUAUUGUUGGAAUAUAUGAUGUGUAUUGGCAAUGAUUGGUGGGAUAUCUUCCUCGCAGUUAAACAAGGUAUGGUGGAAGGGAUAUGUCAGCGUUUAUCAGAUAAUUUCCAGAAACAGCAUGGCUCUAUGCAGGAAUUUCUUAGAAUGCGUUUAAUAUCUCUUCAGAUGGCUCUGUAUAAUUUUGUUAAUAAUGGACAACAGAAAGCUGCUGAUUGUCGAGCCUUACUUAUAUGUAAUUCCAUCUCCUCAGUUCUUAAAGGCAUUCUUCGACCAAAGACUGUGUCAGCUCAAGAUAAGAGCCCAGCUGAAAAACUUACCAUGGUUUGUACAGGUCAGAAAGAGGCUGAUAUAGACAGUGUUAUACGUAAUCUUGAUACAGAAGAAUUUAUUGUAGAAGCCUUAAAGGCGGGAGGUAAUUCUGAAAUGUCUCUCCAGUUUUUACAGCCAUUAAUACAAUGGGUAGCUAAUUUCUGUCUACAUCUAUUAUCAUCUAUACCUUUAUAUCAGAGUUACUGUAGUUUCCCUGGAUCAUCCUUACUACGUGAUGUUGUUGUACUUAAUAAUUUACGUGAACUCUUAGUAAUUAUACGUAUCUGGGGUUUAAUUAACCCCGGGUGUUUACCAGUAUUUACAACUACAUCACAGAUUGAUUGUUUGUCCAUCUUAUUCAAACUUUUAACAAAAACAUGGCUAUGCAGCAAAGAGGGAAAUAUUGAAUAUGAUGAAACUUUGAAUGACGAAUGUUUGUUAUUACCAAAUCAAGUUCUUAUACCAGAUAUUAAACAGAGUUUUGGUGGAGAGAAUUACAGUUAUUCCGUCUUCUCUCAGCAGCUUCCAUUAUUUUUAUCCACAGGUGAAGAGCCAGAUUUUCUCUUCACAUUACAGCAGACACGAGCGUUGUAUAUACCAGAAUCAACAGUAGAAUCACGACAAAAAUAUGACAUUGUACGACAGAUCCAUCUCGGUAUCAAACCAUCAGGUCCAGUUCGAGAAUGUUGUCGUUGUGGAUCCUCAUCAUUAUUAAAUGCCCCUGCAAACUCCUCCAUUUUAAAAUCUUGGGAACAAAGAUUUGUUAAAACUUGUAUUUGUGGUGGACAUUGGAAAGUUGUGAAGUAGUGAACAAAACCAUGAAAAUGUCUGAUCAUUUUGAAAUUAUUGCACAAUGCAGAUUUAAGGGGCUAAUCCCGAUAAUUUUUGGGAGAAUAAAACUGUUUAAUUUUGUUUUAAAAUCCCUUAAAAUCCUCUACCUAAGGGCCGAGAAUCUAACUCAAUAUUUGUGAUAAGUUUUCAAAUAACUGAAACCUGUCAGUCUUCAUCUGGAAAUGUAGACCGGUGUCCCAAGCUGUAUUAUGCGGUGUCUAGAUAAAACCAGACAUUUUUUGUAUAAAAAUAAUGUGUAGGUGAAAUUGACCUUUCAUUAUCAAGUACAGCAUUUGGGUCAUUCACUGUAUAGACCUCUCAAUGAACGGGAAUCGAUUAUCAGAUCUCCCAACGAAAAAAUUGACCCAAAAUCUUAAAAGGGUUACGUGUCCGGAUAAACAGUUUUGAUGGUCACGUUCAAACGACUCAAUAUUUUGAGCUGAAAUUUUGAGAUACGGUCAAUACACCAUUCCUCUAUAUUUUGGCGUUUAAAUUUCAUACAUACUCAGACUUUUAUUUUUGAGACUCUGUUCAAAUAAGGGAUAGUCCCUUUAAUGUUUAUUAUUUGACUUUGUUUAUGACAAAAGUCAUUGUGAAAACAUCUUCUCAUUGGAAUGAGAAAUAUGAAAUUAAUAUUGAUUAAAUUAUCAAAUUAGUGUUUUAAUAUUGAUGACCCAAACACCAUUAUAAUAUCUCCAGUAAAUGAAGAAAGUCUGAUAACAAAUAUUGUAAAUGUUAUUGUAUACUGAUGUUUGUUUUUAAAAAAAUCGAUUACCUGUAUGAAAUGUUCAUUUUCUUUGUUGUCAUCCACCAAUUUCCCAUUAGUGUAUUCUUUAAGAUGUUGAUUUUUCUUGGAUUAUUUCUUGCCAUCCACCAUUUGAUUUGAAAGGUUAGAUUCCAGAUAUAAUGUAGCACUUUGGUCCUUAAGACAAUAUUGGAUCUUUGAAAAAUUGUUGCUUCAUUCUGUUUAUAGUGUCAAAUCACACAUAGUUAAUGAACAUGAAUAUGAAUAUAUAGUUAUACAUAAAAAAAAAGUGAUAUUUUGGUAAAUCAUAACCAUUGUCAAAAUAUCCAUCAAAUUCUAUCUGUUUAUUGACCUAUGGUUGGUAGACCAAAUAAGGUAAUGUUUCCUCCUCUGGUCUUGUGAAAUCAAGAGGUUUAUUCAAGGCUACCUAAGAUGUGAAGAAAUUAGGGGGUUAUAAAAGAGGGUGUCGAGCGAGACUGGGCAGAGCUUACCCAGAUAUUCCUAGCAGCUAUUAUUAUUGAGAACGAGGAACCUUCAAAGCCAUUACAGCUUAACAAUAAAGUUGUAAGAACCAUU